AUGUCGGCGACGCCCGUGGUGAAUGAGACGCCGACGCCGGCGGAAACGCCAACCAAUCUCGCCAGGAGCAAAGCGCAAGAGCUGUCUUCAGAUGCGGCGAAGUCGGAGACGCUAGAGGGAGGUGCUGCCGGCGCAGAUCCGUCAAAAAAGAAGCACGGAAAGCGCAAGCGCCGCGAGACUUGCAAUCCUUUGUUCGCCAGCGGGAAAAGGCAAGGGCAGCGCUGUGGGGCCGAGGCGAAAUCCCCCUGUGGUACGCUCUGUAGCAUGCGCAGUAAGAAAGGUGGCGAGAACCGUACUUGCGGUAGGGGUGGAAACGGCGGUGAUGACGAAACGGAAUACGUGCAGGAGCCUGAGGGGGACGAGGAGAUGAGUGACGGGGGUAGCGACGGCGAGUUUCCGGGGGAUUUGGCAGACUAUGACGAGCCGUCCGUGACUAUCAAAAGCCCUCAGCAGAUCAACGCUAUGGUGGACAAGAUACCGGAGGGCUGGGGAAUGGCGGCCCUGAAGUUCGUCUUCGAGUUGGUGCAACACACACAUGACUUCCGAAACGACCGCAAGCACGAAAGCUACAGAGGUACGACUUCGUUCGGCAAAACAGGUUUACAAAGUUUGAUGUACACGGAGUUUUGA